AUGCCUCGCUCGUCGGCUUCUCCCGGCGCCGUCACCUACGCGCCGGACCUCCUUGCAGCUUCAUCGAAUGCUGCUACUGCGCCUGUUCUCACAGAGGCUGAACAGGUGUACCGCAUCACCGAGGCCAUCCGCGAACGAGGCUUCGGCAACCUGCUGGGCGCCAUCGCCGCCGCCCCUCCCGCGCCUGGACAGUCGGACCAGUCUGGCGCAGACGGGGCCGUGUUUAUCCACGCCGCGGCGGCUGCUGCUGACGCCACGGCCUUCCCACCCACCGUGGGGGCACUCUUCUCUGGGCCUUCAACGGUGAUCAAUGACGUCUCCGUCGCCAACGACCUGGCGUCCGCCGACGCUGAGAAUCGCCACCUCGAGGCCCACGUGCGAGCACAAUGCCCGUCAUCGGUCGCCGAAGCUUACGCCGAACUUCUCUGUGCGGAGGAGGCCUACGCGGCGUUGGACCGGGCGGCACGCGCGACGGACUACAACCUUCAGAAACGAGUAACCGCCGACGCCGACAAGCUGACGGCCCUCCAACAACAGCGGCGGCAGAUGGCGGCUGCGGUGGCAGCCAUGGAACGGGAGCUUGCCGCGGCGGCCGCGGCCUGUGAGGCGUCCACGGCUUCAGCGAAGGAGGCGAAGCAAGAUGGGGCGCUCCUGAGGGCUGAGGCGAGCACAGCGCUGGCGGUGCAACGCAAACAAGUCAAAUACACGCAGGCGCUCCCCAUCGCGCCCGCUCCUGCCAACACCCUGCCGGUGGCCGAGGGGAACACAGUGCCGGCCGCCCCUGCUACUGCAUCGGGGGCAAACUCCCCCUGCGUGCCCGCUGCCGCCACCGCCGGUUUCCAGCUUCAGGAGGGCGAUUUCCCGCAGCUGCCACAGGUGAAAGGGAAGACCGCCUCGCCGGGGCGCCGUUCGCGCACGCCGCUGGAGCUCGUCACCGUGGGGUACGUGACUUCGGCGGAGGCGAGGGAGAGGGCCGGCGGCGCACCCGCUUUGGACACCGCGGCGGCGGCUACCGCCGACACCGCCGCCGACACCGCCGCAGCCGCCACGGCCGGGGUGGUGCCACCGCCGCUACGCGCAUUCCGAAUGACCGACUCAGAGAAGGCGCAACUGAUCGCACAGCAGCAGGAGGAGCUGCGGGGGUGGCACGAGCGCGACUUUGAGGACAGAGCGGCGGCGGCAGCGGCUGAAGGAGACGGCGCGGGGGGGGUAACGGCGCCGCCCACUGCCAGGGAGGUGCAUGAAGCUGCUGAGAGGGCCGUCCAACGUGCCCAAGCAGUGGAGGUAGAGGCACGCGGUGCGAAGUGGGUCGUCCGUGUGCAACAGUACAAGAAGCACAACGCGGGGGUCACGCUGGAAGAAGCGGUCCACCGGGUGUGGGAGUCGUAUGUCACCAGCUUCUACCUGUACCACCCCGAUACGGCCCCCGCCCCGCCCAGCGACCCACCUGCGUGGUACCUCGGGGCGGUAGCGGCGUCGGCAACGUCCCCACGGCACCCGUGGGCUCAGCUCGAGGCGGCGUCGCCGGGACCGCCGCCGCCGGAGAGGACAGCGGCGCCGCAGCCCCCUGCACCGGUCCCCGUAGUCGCCAGCCCCGGACCACGGCGCUAUCAGCACUUACGCCACCGAGCCUCGUCAUCAUCCUCGCUGCAGGGGUCCCCCCCGGUCGCCAGGACCGUCGCCGCUGCUACACCCGGCCACAGCACCGCCGUCGCCGCCGCCACAUUACACCGGCGAUAUCAGCACACACGCCACGGUCCACCGCCCUCCCCACCGUUGCCCCUGCUCGCGACCACCACCGUCGCCCUCGACGCCCGUCGCCCCACCGUCAGCACCACCCCCAACCACGGCCACCGCGCUACCGCCGCUGCACCCACCAACAGCAGCCACCGAUCCACAACCGCCGCUCCCGUCAACAACGGCCACCGCCCCAACCCUGCCUCCACCCAUCACGGUCACCUCCCCACCGCCGCCCCCGAUAACACACAACGCGGCCACAUCAUCCGCCACCACAACCUGCCCCCCUGUUCUGAUCGAGCCCCCGCCCCCAUCUACCAACAGUCACGGCCGACGCCGGCGCCGGCGGCCGCGCCGCGCGCCCGCACCGCGACGCCGCCAGCAGCACAACCAAGGAACCACGUCCGCCACACCAACAUCCCGUCCUGGCCGGCCACCUCCGCAGCGCUGGAGGCCGACCCAUCGCUGGUGCACGACUCAUCGCACUAUGGGCCGCCGCCGCCGAGAUCGACGCCACAAGAUCUCGGAGGCAUUUCUCUUCCUCACCCACCAUCGCCGCGCCCGCGUCAGCGCCGGUGGCGGUCGCCGCUCCGUCACGGGGGCCGGCACCGGGGCCGUCCUCAGCAUUCGUCACCGCCAUGGGGGAGGGGCCCGCUUCGUCACCGUGGGUGA